UGACACAAUUGCUAUAUGCAUAGAUCAUUACUGCACUGAGCUGUAGAGUGAUUUUAUUUUUUUAACGAAAGCAUCGGUGAGAAUACGACGUGAUUUAAGUAUGGCAAGUGCUUGGAUAACGCUCCUUAUUGUGACAGUAAUAUGGGCAUUUAUAGGCAUUGUUCUUCCAUUUGUUGUUCCACGGAAAAGAGCAGAUAGAGGAAUCAUCCAGUUGAUGUUGGCGCUCACUGCAUUCUGCUGUUAUUUGUUUUGGCUGUGCACAUUCCUGAUGCAACUCAACCCUCUCUUUGGACCACAGUUGAAGUCAGAAGUCAUCAAAGCACUGUACUGGGAAUGGGACAAUGGAGAGAUCCCUGAAUGAGUAUCACACCCUAAGGACACCCUUGCUACAUAGAUCCACCCAUCGUCAACAGCAGACCACCUCAAUAUACACCCAGAGUCUUAAAACGAGAGAGUUGAGACAAGCCAGCCCUUAUAAGCUUUGACAUUUCUCAUCUGAACAUUACGCAGAUCGCCAUGUUUUGCCCAAUGUGUGGGACCUGUCUUGUCACAACUGUCUCCAUGUACAGCCAUGAUUGCACAGUGAGAGUUAAGCACCGUUGUUUUUGGAUUACAUUGUUUUUAUUGUUCACCCUGUAUGUUGCAACUAAUUACACGGCCUCCAUUUUGUCAAAAUGACUUGCGUGUGCCUGGGUUGACGCAAGAAAAUAUGCGGCAAAGGGUUUGCUCUGCUGGGGGUGCUAUUCUUUCCUGGAACUUCAGUGUGAAGAAAACAAAUUCCUCUUUGUAUAACCCUGUUUUGAAAUUGUUAAAUACAGAAAGAAACAUCAUUUCAUUUUGAUAAAUUUUCAGCAGAAAUCUUGCAGAUUAUUUUGACCAAGAAUUCUACAUUGUAUUUAUCAAUAGUAUUUGUAUUACUUUUCGAAAUGCAUUAUUAGCAAUGAAUUAUAUGUUUAAAAUUGUUUUUCCAAAAACUAACAAUAGAAAUGGGGUAAUUAUUGUUGAUGGGGACUUGUGCAACUCCAAAUAUUUAUCAGUAAACAAAUGGGGAAAAAAAACUCUUGGUGAAAAGGAGUUGUGUAGCUGUUAAGUUUUUAGAAGUCGAUUUUUCUGUGAGAGCAAAUUCCAUUAGUUUGUAUGUAAUAGUUGUGGAAUGGUUGUGUGAUGCCGAGGGAAUAUAAUACAAAAUACAACUGAAGGCUAGUUUUAUUAUCAAGUCUAGAAUUUUUUUGAGACCAUAAUUGGAAUUCUGGACUAGAACAAUUGUCUUCUCAUCAAGUUCGGAGAACAAUCACUGGUGUCUCAUUUGGGAAAGAUUUCCAUAUACGAAGUUCACUCAACACCCUGUGUACAAACCCUAUGAGAUUGGACUGAAACAUUCUAAGUGUUUUCUAAGAAAAUGCUUGUAUUUUCUCACUGCUCAAAUUGACUUUGAUGACAUGAAAUUGCUAUCUGAGGGCUUGUUAGUCAAUACAGAGGAAAAUUAGUGAACUUCGUAUAUGGAAAUCUUUCCCCAAUUUGUAUUUUCUGAAUCGAAAUUGUGAGUAGAUUAAGUUGGUUCAGGUGUUAGUUUUUAGAUGUAUGGAAACUGGAAAUCAGUAGCGUGUAAAAGUCAUGAUAACCGGUAUUGUUCAUUGAAGAUGAUGGAAGAUAUUUUACCAUGGAGGUUGCGAGUUGUACUGCAAUUUUGUAUAUUAUUAAAACACAUUUCACACUUG